CCGUGCUCCCCGUCUAUGUGUCGGCGCGGCCACGGGACAAAGACGGCGGUGUUCGAAGACUUGUUCGCCUUGUUCCUCCGAUACGGCCAUUAUAACAAGCACAACGACUACUUUGUUGUCGAAUACAAUCCCUUGCAACCAACAGCUAGGCUCUUCCGCACCAUCACCAGGUCGACGCCGUCCUCAUAGCCCAGUCAACUGGAACCUACGCGGUCUACGGGCUGGAGGAGGAAGGGCACGGAUGCUCUGCACAUGAGUGACGCCUUCCUCUCUCUUUGUCCUCGGGUUUCCUCGUUACACCGACAGUGAAUUGAUCUUCUCCCUUCACUUUCUCAUUCUCUCGCUUCCUCCUCUCUCUGUAUCUCCUCCUUCUCCAUCAACAUCCCAUCGCUUUCCCUCCGCUCGCUGCAUCCCGAUUGUCUUAUCUCAGCUGCCGUCAACCGUGAGUCACCCCUUCGUCACGCAGGCCAGCAAGCUGACGGCGAUAAUAUCUAUCUCCAGCGCCUCGGCACCACGUCCAUUCUAUCACCAUGUGCCGCAACGUCACCCUCGAGAUAUGCUGCGCCAAAGAGCCGACCAACACCUUCCCCUCCACUCUCAAGAUCCUACCCAUCGUGGUUUUCUGCGCCGCUGCCUACGCCAGCUCCCGCCACGAACUGAAGCCGUGCUCGGCCUACGAUCCCUGGCACAUGCGAAACGAGCGUAUCUUCUACACGACCUGCGGGCGCUGCAUCUGGAUGUGGGUGGCUGCCAGGAACGGAGCUAACGAGGCGGGCGAGAAUGGCGGCGAUCCCGGCAGCAAAGAGUGCGCCAUUAUCGACGAUGCACGCGCGGGCGGCACAAAUAACUUGGGCAGCCAGGAGGUGACGGAAGAGAAUCUCCGACAUAUCCUCGAAUACAACCGGCUGCUCAUGCGUGAGCUCCUCGAGGCGAUGCACACACGCCCCUACGUCGAGGUCCUGCGCACCCUACCGGCCGAGUUCGGCGUCGAGAAGCGCUGGGUGCUGAGCGGCUCGCGAUGGAUCGAGGCUCAGCCGCCGGCGCCUCCUGGCUUGGGAAACAGGGAUCUAGAUAAUAGCGCGGACGACGGACUGGGUCCGGAACCGCCGGUGGAUACCGAGCUGAAGGACUUGAAAUGGUGGUUAGACCAGGGGUUAGGAGAUUUGACCGACGAGAUCUGGAACGAGUUUUGCAGUUAUUACACCUACAGCCCGCCCUUAUACCAGACACAAGUCUCGUCUGGCAGCGGGUUUCCCCCAUCACCGGCCAACGCCGGGUGGCCUGAAAGCCCCUAA